AUGUAUUUAACUCCCCCGAUGAAAAAACUAAGUUUUCUGCUCAUCAUCUCAUUAUUAUUGAUAAGUCAUCAAUAUUAUAACAUUGAAGCACAAAAUGCUGACAAAGUAGUGAAUCUUCCUGAACAACCAUCGAAUCCAAAGAUCUCUCACUUCUCAGGUUAUGUCAAUGUGAAUCAAGAAAAUACAAGAUCACUAUUUUUCUGGUUCUUCGAAGCCUUGUCUGAUUCUCCUUCAACAAGACCUUUAGUUCUCUGGCUCAAUGGAGGUCCUGGAUGUUCAUCUAUUGGAUAUGGAGCAGCAUCUGAAUUAGGACCUUUUCAAGCGAAUAUGUUGUUUUUAGAAUCACCGGUUGGAGUAGGGUUUUCGUACACCAACUCAUCUUCCGAUUUAGACAACCUCAACGAUAGUUUCGUUGCGGAAGAUGCAUACAACUUCAUGGUUGCUUGGUUUGCAAGGUAUCCUCAAUAUAAGUCUCGUGAUUUCUUCAUCGCUGGUGAAAGCUAUGCCGGUCACUACGCACCUCAGCUAGCCGAGGUUAUAUACGAUCGAAACAAAGUUAAACCAAAGGACUCCUUCAUCAAUCUCAAAGGCCUCAUCGUUGGAAAUCCAUUGACGGACGACGAGUACGAUAACAAAGGGAUUCUAGAAUACGCAUGGAGCCAUGCAGUGAUAUCCGACAAUCUCUACGACACCGCAAAGCGUAAUUGUGACUUCAAGUCUUCGAAUUGGUCAGAACCAUGCAACAUGGCUAUGACCACAGUGUUCCAAAAAUACAAAGAGAUUGAUAUUUAUAACAUAUAUGCUCCCAAGUGCAUCAUCAAUAGCUCAUCAGGAGCUUCUUUCUUAGGUGCCGGAGAUUAUAAUUCUCCGGCAACCAAAGAUUGGUUCAAAAGAGUGAGAUGGUUUGAAGGAUAUGAUCCUUGUUACUCUAAUUACGCUGAAAAAUAUUUCAAUAGGGUCGAUGUUCGAUCCGCUCUUCAUGCCACUGCACGAGGUGUAACUAGAUGGCAAGUUUGCAAUGAUUCGAUAUUGCACACAUACCAAUUCACGGUGUCCUCAAUGUUGCCUACCUAUAGUAAGCUCAUCAAAGCUGGUCUCAAGAUAUGGGUUUAUAGUGGAGACGCCGACGGAAGAGUGCCGGUGAUCGGAAGUCGGUAUUGUGUUGAAGCUUUAGGUCUUUCAGUCAAAUCUGAGUGGCGUUCUUGGUUCCAUAAUCAUCAGGUGGGAGGGAGGAUAACGGAGUAUGACGGAGGAUUAACGUUCGUAACGGUGAGAGGAGCUGGACACUUGGUUCCUCUCAAUAAACCUGAAGAAGCUCUCGCGCUUUUCCGUUCUUUUAUCAACGGUCAAGAACUUCCGGAUCAACAAGAGAAACAUUUUGGCGAUGUUCGAUCUUCCAAGGGAUUGAUAGAGGAGAUACUCUCUAGAGUUCCGGCAAGAUCUUUAAAACGAUUACGGUUUACUAACAAACAAUGGAAUGCUUUAUUCAGAGAACCGGAGUUCAUCAAUAAGCACUUGGAAAAAGCAGAAAAGCAGCACUUGGUCCUCAUGCUGAGUAAUUUUAAUGUUUAUUCGCUGAGUCUUAAUCUCAACGUAAGUCACAACGAUAAUAAUGUUGUGGAUCCAUCUAUAGAGUUACUUGGCAGAAGCCUAAACGAGUCGGUCAAAAUAUCUGAAGUAUCUUACUGCAAUGGCUUAUUGUUAUGCACCACGAAAGAGAGCAACAUUAAACUCGUGGUUGUGAAUCUGUGUACUGGUCAAACCAGGUGGAUCAAACCAACAAGUGUUUACAGUAGAUCCAAUUGGUAUGCUCUAGGUUACGAAAACAGCAACUACAAAAUCGUGAGUUUUCAGCAUGGUAGCAGUAAAGAUUUUGGGAUUUUUGACCUAAAAUCUAAUUCGUGGAGGUUUUAUGCUGACAUCACUCUCGAGAUGCAUAUCCAUCCCGAGAUGCAUAUAGCCUGUCUUUCGAGGGGUGCAUAUUUAAAGGGAAAUUCUUAUUGGCUUUCUAUUGCCUUGUCGAACUUCGGGAUUCUGAGUUUUGAUUUCACAAGAGAGGAAUUUAGACACCUGUGUCUUCCGGUUUUGAAGCCUGGUUUCUAUACUAAAGAUCUCAGUUGUGUGUUGUCGUGGAGCAAAUCCUUUACGUUGGAUUUACCCUCUCAGCUUACUCGUGUUACGGGUUGUCUGAGUUUCGUUUUCGACCAAGAGAAGAAAGUGGUUGUGUGUUGUGACAGACGCGAGGAGAAUAACAAUAACAGGAUGUACAGAGAACUCGAUUACGAAUCAUCAAGUGAUUGA